AUGGGAAGUUUGACAAAAGCCCAGGAGGCUUUUGACGCCGCUCAUGAAUUUUUAAAUCCAAUUUUGAACCGAGAGGAAAUCCAAAAGCAUCAAGCCCAGUCUUUGCUAGAAAUAUUGAGCCGAACCGCAGAUGGUCCAAGCGUCCGCGAUGGCGAUGCCAGGACGACUGUCAUCGGCAAGGCCCUGGAUAUCAUGACCCGGAUUCAUGCUGCCUUUGUGACACCGGAUGACCAGGAUGAGUCGCAGCAAGCCGAGACAGGGAGCCAAGACACGGCCAUGGAAGAUGCUAAGCGCCGACGCAUGCUGCAUGCAUUGCUCGACCUGAUUUCCUUGGAAGGCAUCUACCCGUCGCUUUCGUCUGGUGUCGGGAUUCCUCUUCAGCAGAGGAUGAUCUCGGUCUUACCGGCCGGUGUCAUUGCCAAGAAGGCCCCAGUACCGGCGAGCAGCGUGUCUCAUGACGAGUCCUUACUACGCCGUAUUAUGGAUGUCCUAGUCGGCAUUCUCUCCGAUGCGAGACAGAGCAUACAACCAGUGAUCCUUGGCCGGAUCCUCAGCGACAUAAUCAGCGGCACAGCUGAUCUUGCAUUCAACCCGACAAUUGCGUCUUCUGCGAAUCAGAGCAAUUAUAAGAAAGCGUUUGUCAGGGUCAUUGACGACACCCCAAGCGCUACUCUCCUGCCAACAUUAUCUAGUUUCCUCCAAGCGGACACUGUGCCAUGGUUCAAGUCCACUGUGUCCAGCCAAAUUUCUCGAGUCCCACUUCGGCCUGGAGGAGUCUUGCAAACUAUUCUGUUCAUUGCCUCUCAAUUCGCCCCGUCGCUGGGCCAAGAAGCCCAAUCGCAAGCCUCGAAUGGACCCCAUCUCACGGUGCAGGCUAUUAUGCAGAUCUCGAAAUUGCUCUCUUCCGUGCCACACGAAAUUGACCCGGCUGUCUACUUCAUGACUAUUGCACCUCAAUUACUGGAGCUUAUUGACGGCGAUGAUCUGGACCUAAAUAAAACCGCCGCAUAUGUUGUUGGGAAUGGGAUCUUGGGUAAACGCGCUUAUGGGGCCCCUGGAACCAUUGGACACUCGAUCUUUGUCGAGCCACUGUUUAGGACGCUUACAGCAGAGCUUGACACGGCAUCAAAAAGAUGGGUGACCCGGUUUGCUGACACCGACGGAUCUUCACAUGACACAAAUAAACGUGCUGCCGCAGGCAUAAUGGUGGAUGGAAUAACAGUUGACCUAGCCGUAAACCGGCUGAGGGCCCUGGCGCUUCAGCAUCCGAACCCGGGUCUGGUGAAGAGAAUUGUUUAUCCCAUUCUCGUUCCCUUAUGGGGUUUGGCUUGCCAUACUCAAGAACAGGAACUCAAUGCCCUCCAUGAGAAGGUAAUGGCCCUCUUACAAACAUAUUUCGGCAUUUCAGUGGGAGUCCAGCCCUUGAAAAAGCUGGUGGAUAACCUGCUCUGGAAUGGCGGCUUGACUUGGACAUAUCAGGAAGAUUCCGAUGGCAAGGUUUUUCUGAAAAAACGCCAUGGCCAGAAAGACGAACACUCGAACCUGAUCAAGUUGAUUGAUUCCCUCCAAAGCCGAGUGGAGCUCUUUGUGAGCCUCCUAGGAUCCGACCCCAGCAGCGAAGAAAGAACGGGAGAUAUCUUUUUGUAUGUGAGUGAGGCCUGGCUGGUGCAUCCUCACAGAUCAAAGGUACUCGGCGACCCAAUGACACAAGAAGUUGGCGAGGGUGACAGCAUCAUCCAGAGUCUCGUGAGCGCCAAGGUUGCCGAGAAGUUGCUCGAGAACUUCAAGGAUACGCUUUCUCGACGGCCUUUGCGCGUUUUGGAUCUGAUCAAGCAAGUGAUUGAAGGAGAGCUGCAUAGACUAGAUGCCAGUGGAACGGCCAAGCGAGGACAGAAGGCCGGGAACGUCUCACUGUCAUCGUUGGCCAACAUCGUGCCCAAGGAAGAGAAGGACCACGAAGAGCCAUCCGCGAAGGACUCAUUCGAGUCGCUGUCGACAGCGUUCAGUCUGCUCUCUACCGUCCUCGCAUCUGCCGAGUUCUCCGUUUCGCAAGAAACCCAGCCACUUCUAGAGUCAAUCAAGACCCAGGUGGACCGACUCUUACCUCUCCUCCCACCAGCUCUCUCAAAGCCAGGAACAACAUCGUCUAUGCUCUUAGAGAUCCAGCUUACCUCUCCCGAGCACGACGAAACCAAACCACCACCACCUCACAUCUCCGAUCUGGAAGUGCAUCGCCAAGCGCUGGCGAAUCUCAAUUCAGAGCUCCCGCCUGUGCAAGCGGAGGGAUUCUCGCUGCUUUCAAAGCUGAUCGCGGAUUCGUCCCCUGUUCUCGACAUUCCCUCAACCUUGACGCUCCUUCUCUCAAUCAUCACCGACACGUCCGAGUCUUCGGCCAACGAAGAGUUCAUCUACCUCAAUGCCAUCAAGAGCAUCGGUACCCUGGCAUCGCGCCAUCCACGCACAGUGGUCAAGGCACUGGUAGAUAACUACGCCGACAAGGGCGAGCAAAGAAGCCUCGACCAGCGGCUGAAGAUCGGCGAGUCACUUUUGCGAACAGUGCAAGACCUAGGCGAGGCGCUUCAUGGCGAGACAGCGAAAAUUCUCGGCGAAGGCAUGGUCGCCGUAGCCGGAAGACGGGGCCACAAGCCGCAGGCGCAGCAGAGUCGGAAACGCACAAUUGAAAAAGAGCGACGGCAAAGAGAGAAGGAGGCGCGCAAACAAAAAGAACCGGCAAUGCCUGCUGGCUGGUCGAUAUCGUCUGGUGCAGCCUCAUCGUCCACGACGCCCGCAGAAGAAGAGGACCGCCUUGACGACGAUUCCGAGCCCGAAUCCGCCGAGCAAACUGCCUACGCAGCCAACAUCGUUGCAGCCUGGGCGGCCGGCACAUCUCUCGACGAGGAACCGGACGAUCUGCGUGCGCGGGCCUCCGCGCUGUCCGUGCUCGCAUCCGCCGUGCAAACCAACAUCAUCGGCCUGGGCCCUGCGAUCGUCGCGUCAGCCGUGGAUCUCGCUCUCGCCACACUCACCUUAGAACCGGCCCCCGAGAGUGCGAUCCUCCGUCGCGCAAGUGUAGUGCUCAUUCUCGACAUCUUGAAAACGCUCGACACCGCGCGCGAGACACGCGGCGGCAAGGAUAUUGAGUUCGGGUUCUCGCUUGUGGAUGACGAGUCGAUGCGUGAUGCUGCCUCACGCGGACCAUCUACCAUUGGUAAUAUCCCCUCGAUGCUGCGCACGCUCGCCUUUGUUGAGAGUCGCGAAGAAGACACUAUUGUGCGUGGGCAUCUGCGUGCUCUGAUUGAGAGCCUCGAGGCUUGGUUGGAGAAGUCGCUGCUGUGGGGGAUUGGGGUGCGGGAUGGGCAUGGCGAUGGGAAUGAGCCGCGCUUGGAGCUUGGUGAGAGGAUUGCUGGGUUGGAUGUGGAUCCCAUGGCUGGCAGGGAUGGGUCAGGGCGACCGCGCAUCGAGGAGAUAGAAUAA